AUGAGCUCCCUCAAACAGUUACAGCAGAAAUCCGCUCGCAAGAAACAGGUUUACAAGCCUAUCCUCGACAACCCGUACACAGACGAAGCCCACAACUGGCCCUAUGUCGAAGACCAACCACUAGUGGCCGAAUUGGUUCGUAGUCACGUGACCGAGGUGCUUCGGCACGCUCCCGAGUCUCUGGACGCGCGUUUUGGAUUCAACGCCGUGGUCAAGUAUUUGGAGCAGCCAAGUUUCGAAACAGUAGCAGCAGAUGAACCGUCCCGAGUAUUCCUGUUCGUGUGCAAUCGCGAUUCAGUGCCCAGUGUUCUGUUGGCCCAAAUUCCAGUGCUCGCCCGUGUAUCGCGACGUGACGUCGUAUUGAUUCCACUUCCGCGUGGGUUCGUUUCACAUUUCGACAAAUGCUGUCCUGCUGGUCAGUACCACGACGGGCUGCUGCUGGUGGUUCAAAAUACCGACUUUGACUUGCAAUUCGCUUCUCAGUUGACUCGUCGAGUCGGUCACGUGACUCCAAAGCCCUGGCUCAAGUUUAACGAGUCCCGCAUAGGCGUAGUGGCAUCAGAGGUGUCAUUGAACGCGAGAUCUGCCAAACCAACCAAGUAA